CACAAUCUCUAAAGAAAGAAAACGAAAUCUAGUCAAAAGAAGAACAAAAGAUGAAGGUUGCUGCAAUAUUUUUGGCUUCUUGUGUCCUUUUCUCUCUUCUCCCAAUCCACUCGUCACAAGAAGAAUCAGUUGUUCCACCAAAACCAAUUAAUCAACCAGCGUAUCAUCGUGCUAAACAAAUCUUCAAUGGAUCAUGCACAGACAGAGGCAGUCCAAAAACCACUUGUUUCCUCGACUUCUUGGGUUCACGAAGUGCAAGUGAGAUGCCUAGAAACUGCACUUGCACUCCUCUCCCUAAGAACAAACGUCUUUGUGAAUGUGACGUUAUUGAACAAUGGUUGUAAUUAACAACACACCUACUAUAAUAUCUUGUAAUUUUUACUUUUAUUCGCAUAUUUUUAAUCAUAAUCAAAAAUUCGAAAAA